UGCUGCUGCUGCUACUACUACUUAUAACUGCUGGUGCUAAUACUACUACUACUUCUGCUUCUGCUGCUACGCACGUACAAUUAGGCCCUACUACUACAAAUGACAAUAGAUAGGCCUAAUGCAUGUACAUGUAGUUUGGGCGACGUAUUUUAACUCAGCGUGUCGAAAUUAACAAAGUCUACGAGUACACUCCUCGAUUUAUUGCUUAUUUACAAACUUAUAUUUUUCCUUACUUAUUGUAUUUGAUAAGUAUGGAUACACCGUGUUCCGGUUAAAUGACAGGUUUACUCACAGAAUUCUACACAAAGUGUAGAAUUCUGUGGGUUCACUCGAUAAUUCAACUCGAACAAUUCUAACUGCAUGUGUGUAGCCGCCUUAUGACAAGGGAAUUUUUCAGGCGUUACGUUGUUUUUUAUUUUUAAAGAGUUACUUCCCCUAUAUUUAGAUUUGUCUGUAGUCCGGAAGUUGUUUUGGAGGAAAACAAAUUACACUGGAUUUCUUGUGGUAAUGCCACUAGAAACUCUUAUUUUUUAUGGAGAUUACUUUAUUUCGUUAGAGUACUGAGAUCAGUUGAGACCCAUGUCAAAGAUGGAUUCUUCCAAUGCUGGGACUCAGAGUGUCCCCAGUGGGGCCGUCUCCACAACCGGAAGCCAGACCAAGAUGGGCAAAUAUAGACAGAAAGCGAAGAAAAGCGUGGCGUCGUUCUUUGGCCUGGUUGAAGAUGACGUGAAGAACAACCAGCGGUGGGAACAUCGCAGAGUGCGGAUUGCCAGCCAGAUGGGGAAAGGGGUGAGGGACGAGUACGUCACAGCGCCGCCCAUGGACAUGAUGGACGCACCGAACAUCAUCGAUCCGCUCCGCACGUCUCGACAAGCCUCCCGCAUGUCAACCAUGACGGCAACAAGCGCCGCGGGGCAAGCCCGGAGGAAGAAGUCUGUGUUACAGAUGACCAUGAAUGGCAUCUCUCAGUUGUCGUCUGCUCGGAAAGAUUUACGGAAGAAGUCGUUCAAAGGCCAGAGCUUUCCCCCAGGGAGUAUUCACAGCACAGAGGAGAGACCUCACCCUGGAGAUGAUUUCAGCUUGGUGGACGAUGUGUUUUACGAUGAGCAUCCAGCCUCUUCAGAGGGUGGAGGACGCAGCAUGGACCUGGCCGGUGGACCCUCGGCCCCCGGCUGGCGGCGACGCCCCCCUCAGGCCCUGCCCUCUACCCCCGGCGUGGAUUUGCCAGAUGGGCCUGACUUUGGCUUGAAGAGAAUAAAGCAAAAAGUUGUAGACUCGGUGAUGAACCGCGACAAGCGCACGGUGGGCAUGGGAAUCGUGGGUCGCCUGAUGCGCCGCAGACUCAAGAGCAACAUCAUGACCAAAGACGUGCGCAAACAGCUAGACAAUCUGGAUGACCACCGGCCAUACUUCACAUACUGGGUGACAUUUGUCCAAGUUGUCGUCUUCAUUGUGGCUAUCGCUGUCUACGGCAUCGCUCCGAUUGGCAUCUCAACAACGGAAGAGUCGGCUAAUGUGAAGAUGCCGAACUUGGCAAUCCAGACUGAGACGCACGUAGAAAGAGACAAUUUGUGGAUCGGGCCUCGACAGCGGGAUCUGAUCCACCUGGGAGCCAAAUACUCUCCGUGCAUGAGAGUGGAUGAGAAUCUGAACACGGCCUUGAGCUACGACCGGCACGCCGAGAGGGGCUCGGCAUGCUGUAUCAGGAACGACGGCGGGGGCUGUCGGCAGACUGUCAAGAGUGAUUGUAAUGAUAUCCUGUCUCGGUGGGAGAAAUGGACGCCCAGCAACCCCGGGCCCAACGGUCGUCUGUCCGGGACCGUGUGUGGGCAGGACCCCAGAUACUGCAACAAGCCGUCUUCCUCUCCUCCCUUUGAGUGGCCCGACGAGAUCACGCAGUGGCCGAUAUGUGAAGACACGGCCAAGCCGAACCAAUCGCUGGCCAGCACCACCAACGAGCACAUGACCUGCGACAUCCUGGGUCGGCCAUGUUGCUUCGGCAUCCAGGGGGAGUGCAUCAUCACCACGCGGGAGCACUGCGACCUCAAGCGAGGAUUCUUCCACGAUGAAGCCAAUCUCUGCUCACAGGUGGACUGUUUUGAGGAGAUCUGUGGUAUGAUUCCGUUUGCCAACCCAGAAAAGCCAGAUCAGUUCUACAGGCUCUGGACGUCUCUUUUCUUACACGGAGGCCUGGUGCACGUGGCCAUCACGGUGCUGUUCCAGAUGUACAUCAUGCGUGACAUGGAGAAGCUGAUGGGUGCUAUUCGGGUCAGCAUCAUCUACCUGGGCUCCGGCAUCGCCGGGAACCUGGCCAGCUGUACCUUCAUCCCCUACCAAGUGGAGAAGGGCCCGUCCGGCUCCCAGUUCGGCAUCGUGGCGUGUCUGCUGGGUGAUCCAGAACCGCAAGAUGUACCGCAGCCCGGCCCUGGCCUUGGUCAAGCUCAUCGUACCGCUGCUCUUUUUCUUCCUCCUCGGCCUCCUGCCCUGGUUUGACAACUGGGCCCAUAUGUUCGGCUUCCUGUUCGGCUUCCUGCUGGCCUUCGCCCUCAUGCCGUACGUGUCGUUCGGAAAGUUCAACAUCACGCGGCGUGUCGUGACCAUCCUUGUGUCGCUGGGGAUGGCCGUGGGGCUGUUCACGCUGCUCAUCAUCCUCUUCUACCUCUCGCUGCUGUCUGAGUGCGACUGGUGCGUCUACCUCAACUGCAUCCCGUUCACGGCCGACUUCUGCGAGAACAUGGAGGUCAAGCUCAAGACCAACUCCACGUACUCCGCCUUCAUCUAAGUGGGUGGUUUGGCGGGUGCUCUGGUGUGGUUUUCUUCUUCUUCUUUCCCAUCAAACAUCUAUCGUCUUUAUCUCCCCCUCCUUUUUUGUGUUUGUUACUCUCUUGUAACACCUCUAAUCUUCGGCACUUAUGUGACCUUAUUGUGUUGCAAGUGCCGUAAAACUCUUACUAAAACUAAAAAACACUUCAUCUAAGCCCUCUCUCUCUCUCUCCUCUCUUGAGACUGUGAUACUUACAGCUGCUUCUGAUCUCCGCCAGCUGUUCACGUGUGUUAAGCCCAACAUUUAGACAUUUUAAAAAAGUUUUUGUGUCUUAAUCUGAGGUAUUGUGCAGUUGCGAGCGCCGUAAAACCUUACUAAAACUAACUAAAUAAUCAGUGGUAUUGGUUGCACAUGCUCAAGAAAUAUUGUGUUGAAAUUCAAUUUCUAAACGCUGAAAAAAUUUAGGAAAAAA